AGUCAACAAUUCGCAAAACAUUGACUAAUGUAUCUCGUCUACACCCUAUAAGCUCGCAAAGUUCACCGAGACGCGCAUUGCGUGCUUCCUGUCGGCCAUUGCCGAUGGCUUCCGGCCAGCCAGCCGCUUGGAACCGAACGUGUGCCUCCCAGCAGGACAUGUCUCGAGGCCCGCGUGUACCUGCAUGCUGCCUAGGAGAUCGGCAAUGCAGCAGCAGCUGUGAACAUCUCCUGACUCGCAGGUUGCCGGCUGGAAGGACGGAAGCCGGAGAUGCAAGCGCUGUAUCUGAUUCCUGAUAAGGAUCUCGGCAGCAUCCACGUCCGCGAAUAGUAGGUGUCUUGAGAAGGCAGCGGUAAGGAUAAGUACUGCGCAACCGCAGGCAUGUAAAUCGUAGCAAAUACUACAAGUUCACAAACCUCAUCAUGUCGUCGAUACAAAUCACUCCCGUCGCCAAUCCAGCCGAUGCGCGUCGUAACAUUGGUGCUGUUGUCACCAACCUCGAUGUGAACAACCUGUCUGACGACGACUGGAAAACCAUCCACGAUGGGCUGUACACACAUUCAGUUCUUGUCCUGAAGAAUCAGGCCCAUGCUACACCGAAAGCACAGUUUGAGCUUACGCAGCGUUUCGAUCCAUCGUGCUCAGGUUAUGGACACGGCAAGACGCUAGAUGCAAAGCGCAGCAUCCUCCACCCAGAUCUCAAGACGAUUCCACAUCAGCCUCAAGUACAAGUGAUCGGCAACGGUUUCGUCAAAGACUUUGAAGGUCUAAAAGACAUUACGCUCAAGCACCCACACCACAAAACGUUCCACAAGACCGCCAUUCCAGAGGCAGAGGACCUGGACUUCACACGCUUCUACCGCUGGCAUAUUGAUGCUGCCCUCUACGAUCUUCAACCACCGCGCGUAACCUCGCUCAUGGCCGUUCAAGUACCAAAAGGGCGAACACAGAGACUGCGCUACGAUGACGGAACUGGAGACGAGCUGCAGGUUCCGCUGGGCACAACUGCAUUUGUGUCUGGAUAUACGAUGUACGACAUUCUGUCCGAGAGUGACAAGGAGUUUGCGCGCACAACGAGGGUAGAAUACGCGGCACAUCCAUACAUUUGGAUGUCGUCUGCGAAGUCGAGAUCGUCAGGUCUGGGUUUGGAGUCAGAUGGCUUGGAGCUGCCAGCGAGCGAACUGCCGCCUGUCGAUGAGUCGAAGAUCCUCAAACUUCCAAUGUGCUGGAAGAACCCGGUAACAGGGGAGCUCGCCUUCCAAGUUCAUCCUUCUGCAGUGCGCAAGCUGCAUCUCAAGGACGGCUCUGUGAUCGAUGAUCUGAAGGAGGUGCGGGACAUCAUAUACCGACUGCAGCGGCCAGGUAUCGCGCCAGACUUGGUAUACUGCCAUGACUGGGUGGAAGGUGAUUUGGUUCUGUUCAACAACCAGGGUACGAUUCACAGUGUUGUUGGUGCAUUUGCGCCUGACGAGGUUCGGAUAUUCAGGCAAUGCAACCUGGCAAGCAGUGCUCCACCAGAAGGACCGGACAAUCCUUCGCAGGAGGCUUGGACGCAACCGCUCCGCACGUACGAGCCUACAAAACGUCCUCAGGCCGCUGAGCAGGCUUGGAUGAAACCCAUGCGCGCAUAUUAGUAUACCCGACUAUAGCAAAUACGAUACCCAAUUUGUACUUCUCGCGUCCGUGCUCGUUGUGAUUAUCGUGGGCCGCGCAGGGGCCGGUAUGGAGAUGGGACGAAUUCCGCGAGGCUGCCGUGGUGGGACUGUAAAUCUGCGGAGAGCCUCCACCACCCACACUUCACACCCCCUUCUAGAUAAGUAGUCAAAUGGU